AUGGAGGUGGAGCGCAAGCCGCCACCUUUGCCGCAGGUUGAGCCGCCACCGAAGAUCUCGACCAAGUUUCAGCAGGAGGCAGAGGCUCUCCAGAACCAGCUGUCUUGGCACUUGGACGAGCACACGGUCACCUCGACAUGGGUGAAGAGCCUGAAGGGGGCUGGCGGCAUGCUGGGAGCUGCGCGCUUGGGCCAACUAAAGCGACCGCCAUCACAUUCUCCAGAACACGCGCCUCUGAAAAGCGUGCAAGAGUUUUGUCACUGGUUCUCCGUCCUGGGCUGUGUCCGGCGGAAGAAGGAUGAGCCGAUGAUUAGGGCCUUUGCAAAUAGCUCCCUCUUCAAGUCCCUCUGCACCUUGGCCAUCAUGGCCAACACCGUGUAUCUGGGUGUGGCUGCGGACUCGGCGGUGAGGACGAGCUACGACCGCCUCCUGGGUAAGGAGGUCUCUAGCCUGGACCGUACGCCGGAGAUCUGCUUUACGGUCUGGUUCUCGGCCGAACUCUUGGUGAACUGCUUGGGCUUCGGCUGGAGCUUCUGGACGGGGUCGCACCGACUCUUUAACCUCUUCGAUGUGGUCCUUGUGACCAACUCGAUAGUGGAGCUGACUCUGCAGGACAGCAUACAAAAUUGGUCCUUUCUGCGCAUCUUCAGAGUGUUCCGACUGGUGCGAGUAGUGCGGCUGGUGCGGACACUGCGCAGUCUGCGAAGCUUGCGGACCAUGCUUUUCUCGAUCAUUUCGUCCAUUGGUGCUCUGUUCUGGGCGUUUGUCAUGCUUCUGCUGACCAUGUUCAUGUUUAGCAUAAUCUUUGGCAAUGGUGUCUCAGUUUAUUUCGACCAUGUGGACGUGAACAACCUAGACAAGGUGGCCGAGGCCCAGAGGGUGUUUGCAUACUUUGGAGGAAUUUACGAGACGCUUGUUAGUCUCUUCUGCUCGGUGUCUGGGGGCAACGACUGGAUGACCUAUGGGGAGGUCCUUCGGCUUGGGCCUGGCGAAGUGUAUUUUACGCUUUUUGUGUUCUAUGUCUUCUUCACAUUGGUUGGACUCUUGAAUGUUGUCACCGGUGGCCCGGACAGUCCUUUAGAGAUUUAA